AUCUUUGGGUGUUGAAUAUUCGAGGUGCACCUUUGAAUACAGCAUCUCCCGUGUCCUUCCCUCACCUCUCUCGCCUCCGCAGCACUGAGCAAGCUGGCAGCAGAGGCAGGAGAUAGGCACUUCCUUAUUACCACGCACCUUCCUGCACGGAAUCAUGUCGGAUACAGCUCCAAGUGACCGCGAGACAGGCGUCCUCCAACCGGGGCAGGUGAUCAGACCAGUGCUGGGGAAGGAGGCCCCCACUAUGCUCGCCCUCAAGUUGUUUGGACUCACCGUCACCUCCAUCAAGGAACUGGACAGCUAUGACGACAGGAAUUAUCUCAUUAAGGUCGAGGGCGAAAGCAGCAACCCGCACAUCAAGGAACCGUCGCCUGAUGGAUACGUCCUCAAGGUCACAAACUCCCUGGACUCCAAGAAAAGCAAGAUUAUGGCCGCGCAGGUGGAGAUGAUGCUCUUCCUUCACUCCAGAGGCUUCAAGGUGUCCAAGCCUGAGAAGAACGUGCAUGGGUCUCACUUAAUCUACGCCAAGAUUAGUGGAGACGAAGUGGGUGAGGAGGGUGGAGAGAACAUUGUGAGGCUCCUGACCUUCAUCCCAGGUAAGAUCCUUCACCAGGUGCCCACUACACCACAACUCUUCCAUGAGGUUGGCGUCUUUGUGGGCAGGAUGGACAAUGAGCUCAAGGACUUCACCAGUGAAGACUUGAAGCAGAGGAAGUUUAUGUGGUGCAUGGAGAAUGUGCCUCAGCUACCUAAGUUCCUGUUUGCUGUGAAGGAUGAGCACAGGAGGAAGAUGGUAGAGGAAGUGCUACAGGCCUGGCAGGAGAGGGUUGCACCAGUCCUGCCGCAGCUAGAAAGAGGGUUUAUUCAUGGAGACGCCAACGAACAGAACUUUAUCGUCAAUGUCUCACAAGAUGACCCAUCCAACUACCACGUUGAUGCCUUGAUAGACUUCGGUGACAUCCAACAUUCCUACUACUUGUUUGAGCUGUCCAUCAUUAUUAUGUACAUGAUGCUGGUGGCAAAGACAAUGGAUCCAGAUGAUGUUGGUGGUCAUGUAAUUGCUGGCUACCUCACACACAGGACUCUUUCUGAGAAUGAAUGGAACAUCUUGAAGGAUUGUGUUGCUGCUCGCUUUAUCCAGAGUCUGGUGUUGGGAGCCUACAGCAUUCUGCAGGACCCUGACAACCAGUACCUGCUGGUGACAGCAACUAAAGGGUGGGAGCUGCUGGACUCCUUCUGGCACACCCCCAAGGAACACCUUGUUGCCAAGUGGAAAAGCAUCUUGAAGGAUUAUCAGGAAGCCCACUCAGGCAAAGUCUAGUCAUAAUGAGUAAGUGCGUGUAGGAGGAACACAGAGAUUUACUGAUAGUUUGCAGGUGCCUUUUCAUCAACUGAAUGUAAAUGUGUGCACAUGCACCUUGUCUUGGUUGCAGUCUCCAUGGCAGGGGCACUGGCCAGAAAUUCCAGAUAUACACAUAAUUUUUUCUUGUAAAAUGGUAAGAAUUUUAUUGAUAUUGUUGUCUUCCUUCGUUUAUAUCAAUAUUUUUAAAAUAUAUGGUACCUUUUUAUAAUAGUGACCAAAACACUGUUAUUAAUUUUUAUAAACAGUUUGUUAUUAUA